AUGAGCAGCAUAUUGAGAUUUAAAGUGGGCCAGGUCCCUGAAUGGGUCAACAAACAACAUAAGACCAUGUUAAGAUGGAUAAACUCCAAACUCAACUUGCAGCUAACUGAUUUGUCCAAAGAUUUGGGAGACGGAUUGGUUCUCAUUCAAUUGACUAAUGUUAUCAUAGCAGAAAUGGACUUGGAGAAGACAGACCUCAAGCUCUACUUCCUCAAACCGUUGUAUACGAACCCAAAGCUUCCCAUCCAGAAAAUGGAGAACGUCAACGACUUUUUGGAGUUCAUUCGAAUUGUCUUGAAGAUUAAUACCACCAGCAUCAGCAGUGAAAGUAUUAUUGAUGGGAACCUCAAAUUGAUCUUGGGAUUGACGUGGUCGCUUUUCAUAUUCUCCACCACCAGUUCCAUUGGACUCAUGAAUGACGGGAACUCAAUUAUUCAGAUAAAACAAAUCGUCUUGAAGUGGGUCAACUCCAAGUACAAAUACAAGGAAAUCUGCAACUUUGACAGGGACUGGUCUUUGGAAAUCAGCGCUCCUGACAGUGUGUUGUGGUCGAUAUUGAAGUCGUAUGUACCCUCUUCCAAGUUAAUCAGAUUGGGUGAUUCUAAGCUACAAAAUAUGAAACUGAUCCUUCAAUUUGCCAACGAGUUGGGUGUCCCCAAACUAGCCGACGUGGAGGAUUUCAAGACUUUGGUCCCUGACGAGAAAUGCAUUUUGUUCUUUAUUCUUGAGUGGUUCAAGUUCUUUGAAAUGGGAAAUUUUGACGAACAAUUGCAACCCGAGCCCAAUGAGGAGAAUUUUGCCGACGAGACUUAUGACGAGGUAUUGGUGAGGAUGGCGGAUAUCAUCAAAAACAAGUUUGAAUACGAGACGGACUCACUCAAGUUCUCCAACAAAAUAACAUCGAUACGCAAAAAGUUGGAUGAUGUUCCCAGCUACUUCGACGAGGAACUCUUUGAGGUUUUGUCUGAAUGGGACAAGGAAGCGAAGAGUAUAAUUGAUUCCAAGUUCUUGGCUCGUUUCAAGGAUAAUGAAGAUUUUGUCGAGUUGACAGACAUUUUACAUCACAAGAUGGGGAGCCUUUUGGACAACUUGAAAGAAUACGAAGAAGUGGGCCAAAUGAUUGCAAAAUUGACUUAUAAGGACAUGAAGAAGUUGGAAAAUUUGUACAAUGAGACCACCACAAGCUUGAAGCUGAUUAAUGAUAAGUUUGAACUCGGCGUAACAAGUAGGUUGACUUUCGAUGCACUCGAUCUCAAGUUCUCCAAAGUAAGCAGCUUACAGAAACAAGAAACAGACCAAAUCAAGGAAUUCCUUGAGAAAAUCUUAAACAAUGAAGUUAUCUGUAAGCUCAAUGGAUACUUGGUGAAGAUUGAGGAGUAUCUUACUCAAAGUGGAGACAAAUUGGAUAGUUUAGUGAACGAAUUUGAAAAGUACAUUCAAUUCAUUCACAAGGUUGACUACUAUGUAAGAAACUUGAACUUUACGGUUUCGCCAUCCAAUCUUAAAUACAUUGAAACCUUUGCAUCCACAACCGAUACUGAUAUCGAAGCCAAAUAUGUCAACUUCAAAAAUCAGCUUCUCAAAUUCGAUUCCAAGCUUAUCACCAAUGAACUUGAAUUCUCCUUGAUCUUGGAGGAACUCACUGGCGAAAGCUUGAACAAGGCCUACAUCAAGAGCUUCAUCAAGCUUGUUCCCAUCAAGCUCUUGAAUCUUAGCUUUAAUGACAGUGACUUUAGCCUCGUGCUAGAGUCAGACGACGACGACAGUGAAAUUGACAAUUCCAAACUAAUCUUCGAAACCCAGAGGCGCCGGGUCGGCAGUCAGUUGGGAAAUGAUAAGGUCUACGAUUUAGCCGAUUUCUUCAACAAGUUUGAAGACGGGUUGAAAUUUUAA